AUAGUAUGUUAGCUAAUGUAAUAUCGAAAAAUCACAAGCUGUAAAAAUAACAAUUGCCAGUGAAACUACACUGUAACACAUACAGUUAUAUACUAAAACACAACGCAAUGUCUGACCUAAAAGGCAUUUUGAAAGUGUUAAAAUAAAGCUAGCUGGGAAAUAAAUAUUUUAACUACAGUACCCACAAUUCAGCUGCAAAGUAAAAACGUCAACGUCACACGUAAAAGUCAAAACAAGGAAGUGGAUUCCCAUGAUGCCUGUAUUUCAUGUACUAAUCUUCUUAGAAAGAGGACAGUUGGUUUCGUAAAAGGACACACUUAAAGAUUACGUUGAUCUUGUUUCGUAAAACAACGCUAUUGUCUUUCGAGUGCUUUGGAUAUAUAAUUAGUCAUCUACGGAGAUCUAAGAGUCUAAAUCAGGUGAAUGGCUUGUAGUUACGAAGGUAUAGAUACUUAGUUGCUCUCCCAUUCAUACAUCAACGAGACAUCUUCCCCCGUUUUUAUGGGCAGAUUCAUCUGACAUUACAUUACGAUACAGCAAACCACUGUCUCCAUUCCCCCUGGUUGCUCUGCGGACCCAGCUCAGUGUUGACACUCAAAAUGCGGAUGAUCACCUUCCUCGUGGUUGGGCUGACAGUCCACAUUGUCUUCUUCCUCUCUAUCUUUGACAUCUACUUCACCUCUCCCCUGGUCCACGGCAUGACACCCCAGACCACACCGCUGGCACCCCCUGCCUCCAGACUGGUGUUAGUGGUGGCCGAUGGUCUCAGAGCAGACAGUCUCUUUACACUCCUCCCCAAUGGCACAUCCAGGGCCCCAUACUUGAGGCGUGUGAUGGAGGAGAGGGGUACCUGGGGUGUAUCACAUACACACGUGCCCACUGAGUCUCGUCCUGGGCAUGUCGCUCUCAUUGCUGGCUUCUAUGAGGAUGUUAGUGCUGUUGCUAAAGGGUGGAAGGAGAAUCCUGUGGAGUUUGACUCAGUGUUUAAUGAGACCAGACACACCUGGUGCUGGGGCAGCCCUGAUAUUCUGCCAAUGUUUGCUAAAGGUGCCAGUGGAGACCAUGUGUAUACCCACACAUACCCAGCAGAGGAGGAGGACUUUGCCUCCACAGACGCCUCCAGGCUGGACAACUGGGUGUUCACUCAAGUCAAAUCAUUCUUCCAGUCAGCAAACUCUAACUCCAGUCUGAGGGCCAGUCUGCUUGAGGAUAAGAAUGUCUUUUUCCUGCAUCUGCUGGGCAUCGACACAAAUGGACAUGCUCACAGACCAAUGUCAAAGGAGUACCAAGAAAAUAUUGCCUUGGUAGACACAGGUGUAUCUGAGCUGGUGUCUAUGAUGGAAGACUUCUUCGGUAAUGAUGGCAAAACAGCCUAUGUGUUCACCUCGGAUCAUGGCAUGACAAAUUGGGGGUCGCACGGUGCAGGCCAUCCCUCUGAGACACUCACCCCUUUAGUAGCGUGGGGAGCUGGAGUUCAUAAUCCCCACAAAGUCACUGAAGCCCAACCAUACAAUGAUAGCUUCCUACAAGAUUGGAAACUGGAGCACCUCCGCAGAGUUGACGUCAAUCAGGCAGAUAUCGCUCCCCUCAUGGCUUCUCUCAUUGGUGUGCCCUUUCCUGUUAACUCUGUUGGUGUGUUACCUCUUCUCUACCUUAACAACAGUGACCAGUUCAAGGCAGAGAGCAUGUUCACUAAUGCUAUUCAAGUGCUAGAGCAGUACAAGAUAAAAAUGUCGCAGAAAAAUGAGACAACCUUGUCUUUUCUCUUCACUCCAUACCCACUACUGACUGAGUCAAAACAAGCUGAAUUCAUCCACAAGGCCAGAAUACUGAUUCAGCUGGAGAAAUAUGAUGAUGCUAUCUCUCUGUGCCGCUCUCUGAUAUCCCAUGCUCUGGAGGGCCUGGUCUACUACCACACCUAUGACAGGUUCUUCCUGGGUUGCAGUGUGGUGCUGGGAUUUGUAGGCUGGACCUCAUAUGUUGUCCUAGUCAUCCUGAAGACUCAUGCCAGCCUCAACAGAAACCCAAGUCUCCUCAAACAGAUUCCCAGUCAAACCCUGGCGAGGCUGUGUAUGUGUGUGGCAGUGGUCAUCACUGUGUUCCUGCUUAUUCAAAGGAGCCCCAUUACCUACUAUAUUUACUGCCUGCUGCCUGUCCCUAUCUGGUACUCUGUCCUUAAAGAGUCUGGAACUCUUACAGAUUUGCUUCACUCAGCUCCUUCUCUGCCUCUGUGGAAAUGUUUUGGCUAUUUUGUGCUGGUGACGUUUGGGAUCGAGCUACUGGUGGUGAGUUUCUUCCAUCGAGCCAUGUUGACUGUGGGCCUGGCUGUCCUCUCUCUCUGGCCCUUCCUGUCAGGGCUUUUUGGCAAAGCCAAGUUCCGCUCAUUGAGCUGGUGUCUGGGCUGUCUGUGUUUAGCUGCUUUCCCCCUGAUGCCUGUUGUGGGUAGAGAGCCUAACAUACAUCUGGUAACCUGUGCAGGUCUGCUCACUCUCUUCACUUCAGCCUGUUACCUCUGGUCAUCACCACUGCACCUCAGUGACAGGCAGCAGUUUGUCAUUCAGAUGCUCCAUGUGGCACUGUGUGCGUAUGUGCCAUCUCUCACACACUCCAGCCUGCAGCAGAAACAGGGCCUGCCACUUGUAAAUCAGAUCAUCAGCUGGACCACAUUAGCAUCUUCUAUGCUGGUUCCACUGUUGAGCUCGACACGUCUUUUCCACCGGCUCCACAGCAUAUUCCUCUCUCUCACGGCAACAUACCUGCUGCUCAGCACUGGGUCAGAGGCAUUGUUCCCCCCUGUGUUAUCUUGGUUAAUGUUUGUGUGGAUCAACAUUGAACAGGAAGCUAUGCUGGCUCAGGGUGUCUCUGGCAGACAAGAGCUCUCCACUAUUGAUUUCUCUGCAAACAUCGACAUCACCAAGAUCCGACAGCUGAAGUUGGACGACAUUAGAAGAUCCUAUUUUUUUGUAUUUUUUAUAAUAACAGCUUUCUUCGGCACAGGGAACAUAGCUUCCAUCAACAGUUUUGAUCCAGCUUCUGUUUAUUGUUUCCUCACUGUCUUCAACCCCUUCAUCAUGGGAGGGCUGAUGAUGUGGAAGGUUAUCAUUCCUUUUAUAAUAGUAAUGUGUACAUUUGAGACCAUCCAAGUUGCAACGCAGCUCUCAUCAAGAAGUUUGUUUCUUAUUGUCCUGGUCAUCUCUGACUUGAUGGCUCUGCACUUUUUCUUCCUGGUGCAGGACUACGGCAGCUGGUUGGACAUUGGCACAAGCAUCAGCCAUUAUGUGAUAGUGAUGUCAAUGACCAUCUUCCUGAUGCUGCUCAGUGUGGUCACACACAUUCUCACCUCACAAAGACUCAUUCUGUGGAAGAGUCGCAAGAUGCACUUCCCCUAAAUAAAUGUUAUUGGUCGUGCAUGUGGGUGCAUACAUUCUAGUUAAACCAAAAGUUUUGUAGAUACUCUUUCUUUAGUAUUUGCUGUAUACAGCCAGAGUUUGUGUGUAUAAGACAUGGGGUAUUGUUUCAGGACUAAAUAUACUGUAAUGUGCUGUGCAAAAGUCUCAUGCAACUUUGCUAAAUGGUUUUGGUUUUGGAAAUCCCCUCUUAUAUGUUAUCUUAUUUGUUAUAUGCUCUAAUGAUUCCUCUUAAAGCUGCUUGAAAAAGUUAUGACAUGACUACCUGUGAAAAUUACAUAAAGGUAUACUAUAGAGAAUUACUUAAUGUAUGCAUCACAAUUGAGUUCUUCUUAUCAACAGUUUACUUUAUAUUAGUAUAAACUUCUUAGGUGUAUGGGUUUAAUGGGUCAUUUUCCAGAGUGGCCUAAGAAUUUUGCACAGUCCUGUUUGCACUGUAUUCUCUUGUACAGUCAUUCGCUGUUCCAGCAUAAUUGUUUUUGCAUUAAUCAUUGACGAAUUGACUGACUGGCCACUUGAAUAUUUGACAAAUUAUGCCUCUGCCAAGGGUGCUGAUUUAUGAUCGACCAAAGAGAGGUAACUUGGUAACUAUUAUAUGUUUUUAACAAUAUUUCCUGUGAAGCUGCCUAAAUUGUGUCCUUGUUUAGAAGGAAAAGGGAUAUUAUUUUAAUUUAUUGUGACUAUAUUUAUACCAAUUAAAACUAAGGGACUGGGAUUUCCAUAAAAGAGGCAUGUGUGUUGUACUUACAGCAACCAUUAACCGAAUUAAACUAGGUAGUGUGUGUUUGUACAAGAGGGCAAAUGUAGCCAUGGGCCAGACUCAGAAAAUCUAUAUGAGAAAGCAAAAGCGAAAUCCCCUAACGUACUUAAACAACUGCAGUCCAGGUGCACUACUUUAGCCCCAGUAGAGCUCAAGUACCCAUGCCCAGCACUGCCAGUAUUUUUGCAUUUGUAAAGUCGUAAAUGCCUGGAAUAAGUAUGCUGAGAUGUGCUGUAAAAUCCUAUUGUUAGUAUGUUUUAAUAAACUUUUUUUUUUUUAAA